CGAAUAAUUGCAUCUUGAACCGUCGCCGCCGCGGAUCCCUUGUCGACCUACAGUGCCUCAUAGAUAUUCAUACUACCAUGAGUGUCAGCAUCAAGGUAUGCAUCCGGUGCCGCCCGUUCACGAUCGACGAUACCCUUGGGGUGGUCAUGACGCAAAAAGGCGACGAGGAGGGCGAAGUGGAGCUGAUCAACUCGAGUUACUCGACUACUCGGUUUGCCUUUAGUUGGUCGUGGUGGAGUGCGUACGGGUACAAGCGUCACGUGAAGGGCGACCCGUUGCCCGCCGACAACAUGCUUCUCGUGGACCAAACCAUGGCGUACGAAGCGUGCGGGAAUAAGAUCAAGGCCGACCUCUUGGGCGGGAACGCGGUCGUGCUGUUUGCGUACGGACUCAGUGGUUCUGGGAAGACAUUUACAGUGUUUGGGCCCGAUGCCGUGGACAUUCCAGAAGCCUGGUUCAAGCAUGAAGAACCGCAUCCAAUGUGGGGCAUAUUCCCUCGGUUGGCGUACGAGUUGUUCAAGGAAAAGCAAGAUGGGUGGAAGAUCACGAUGAAAUAUUUUCAAAACGUGGUCGACACCGUCCGCGACCUCAUGAGUCCCAUGGCGCAAGAGCAGCAGUACAAGAGCGGCAUGCGGAAAGAUCCGGAUGGGUUCAUGGACAUUGAAUGGUGUCAGGGCGUCGUGCUGAAAGACUGGAACGACCUGCGCCGCACGUUUAUGAGCGCCAACUCGCGCAAAGCGAUCGCGCCGACGCAGUUCAACCACCAGUCCACCCGCGGCCACUGCAUCAUGACGCUGGAAGUGGAAAAACCUGACCCCGAUCGCGAGGGCAUGAAGCAGAGGGGACGGAUUUACGUGUGCGAUCUUGCUGGGACCGAGCCCGCGGGCGACGUCGUGUACGCCAACUACCAAAAGAUCCAGUUUGACGAUGGCACGAUCGAAAUGAAAUACCUCGGACCUCACUCGGACCCGGCCAAAUCCAAGGAAUUGCAAGACCAGGGCAAGAAAAUCAACCUCAGUUUGACCGAGAUGGCCCAGUUUUUCAUGAAAAUGGCGGAGGCGGUGCAAAAGAAGACGCUCAAACCCGGCGCGAGUAUUCCCGGGUGCAACUCGUACUUUUUGUGCAAGUACCUCAAGGACACCAUGUUGCAAGCAAGAACGUACUUGUUUUGCGCCGUGCGACCUGAAGUCACGUACCACAACUAUACGUUUUCCACGCUCGGGUUUGCCAAGAAUGCGUCCGUGAUCAAAUUGCAGCCCAAAAAAGCGUCCACGGCGGCGUCUCCGGCCGAACGAAAGCUUAUGGCAGAGCUGGACGAAAUGAAGAAUUUGGUGUCGAUGCUCAAGGCAGAAAACGAAAAAAUGGCCAAAGCGGGCGGCGGAAGUGGCGGCGGGUCGGAGCAGGUGGACAAACUGAGCGAAUUGUUGGCCAUGAAGCAAAAACAGCUCGAAAACGUGUUGAACGGCGACGGCGACGACGGCGGCGGCAGUGGCGUCAAGUCGGCGGCAAAAGUGCAAGAAGAAACGAUGCAGCGCCAAAAGGAGGAGUACGAAAAGCGAGGGAUUUCGCUCACGUUUUUCGAGAACAAGACGACAUUGCCGUACCUGAUCAACUUGGACGUCGACGCGUACCGGUCCAUGCGCUUCAUGUUCAUCUUGUCCCAGCCGUCGACGGUGGUGGGUAUCAAAGGGGACAUCAAGCCCAUGUCGUUGAGCAUCGUGGACGACCAUUGUUGGUUUGAAAAGUCGCCAGAAUCAGUGGGCGAAGAUGGCGUGGACACGGGGGGCGUCGUGACGCUGGUCGUGGGGCGGGGGGAAGUCGUGUACAACGGCAAGAAGCUCGAGAGUGGGGCCAAAGUGCCCCUGGUUGCGUUUGACCGCAUCGCCAUUGGCAACGAACUCAUGCUGUUUCGAUACCCUGGUCGGGAAGUGCCGGGUACGGAGGCCCCGACCGCCGACGACGCUGCGAAAGAGUACCAGGAGGCGCUGCAAAGCCAAGACAAAGCUGCGAUGGAGGCGCUGGAGGCGCAGAAGCGCCAGUUUGAAGAAGAGCGCGCGGCGUGGGAGAAGCAAAAGGCGGCGUUAGAACAAAGGCGGUUGAGUCAUGCGUCUGCCGAGGAAGUCGCCGACCAAGAGCGCAAGUUGCAGGAGCUGGCGCAGCAGGAAAAAGCACGCCUCGCCCGACAAGUGAACGACCAGGAGCUGCGCGAUGUGCUGCCCAAGAUCAACGAACUCAAGCAGAUCGUCGGCGUAUUGAAUCGGGACAUGCUGAGCUUUGAGACGGCGCUCAAGGGGGCGGGGGGCGACGGCGAAGGGAUUCCGCAAGUCAAAGUCAAAGUGCACAACAGUAUCACAGACGAAACGAUUCUGCUGGACGUGUUUGAGUUUGUGAAAGCGUACGCGUUGCUCAAGGACGAGGUCGCGUUCCUCAAGAACGCCAUCGCAAACAACCGCGAGUACUCGAGCCCCCAAGGCCACGACCCCAUCACGCUGCUAUUUGACAACUCGUUCCACGUCGGCAGCGUCACGAGCUUCCCCGAGUACCUCUUGUACAACUUGGAAACCGACCCCGACGAAAGCAAAAUGAACUUGAAGAACGCCGUGCCCCCGUUCAACACGAUCGGCAAGCUCGAAGUUGUGUGGACGCCAUUGAGCUCAGACGACGAAACCAAGCAUGACGCGGCGGCAGUGGAGGACGUCGACGGCCCCGACGAUCUCGUGGGCAAGCCGUGGACGUACAAACUGGAAAUCAAACAAGCGCUGGGGCUGCCCAUGAUCACCGACUUGGCAUACUGCCAGUACGAGUUCCUGGGGGAGAUCUUCACCACGGAGAGCGUCGAGCAAAAUACGCGCAACCCAGCGUUCAACUACGCGCAUAUUCACCACAUUCCUUGCGUCACGCCCGAGUUCGUCCAGUACUUGCAGAGCCACCGCCUGGAAUUCCAGCUGUUUAUCAACCCGUACAUUCUGGACCCUCCUAAAGAUGCGAUUUCCACGUCCAACGACGCCAUUGUGCGCAAUCUGGGCGGCACCGUGCAAGUCAAAGUGCCGUACCAAGAAUUGGACGCCAAAGUGCAUGCGUUGGAAGCGAGUCAAGCGAAGUUGGUGGACGAAAUCGCAUACUUGCGCCAAAUAUUCAAAGCCGCCACAGGCGCGUACGUGAUCCAUCCAUGAAAAGGUUUCGUGUCAUGACGUUAUCAGGGACGCGCCAGAGUUUGAAGGCCCUGCCAGCAACAGCAUCGCAGGACCACCACCCAACGACGCCACGUCCACGCCACGACACAAGUUGGAGACGGCCAAGUCCCGGGACUCGCUCCUGAACACACCUGCGACAACGUUUUGAGGAGCAUGCUGCCCUGGUUCGUUUGUGGACGUCGUCCAUGUAGUUCUAGCGAUCCGAGUGGAUACUUUGCACACUUUAACAACAGUAACGACAUACAUGUAUGUACUGUACACA